GAUCAUGAUCUGAGCCGAAAUUGGAUACUUAACCGACUGAGCCACCCAGGCGCCCCAUCUGUGGUUUUGAUUGUAGGCAUUCUAGUGGCUGUGAACUGGGAUCUGGUGGUUUUGAUUUGCAUUUGCCUAAUGGCUAGUGAUGUCGAACAUCGUUUCAUGUGCUUAUUGGCCAUUUGUAUGUUUUCUUUUUUUUUCAGCGAGGUAUCUGUUCAUAUCCUUUGCCCAUAGGUUUAUUUUUAAUUGUGUUUUAAAAAUAUAUCGAUUUUAGUUGUGAUGAAAUGGAUAGAACAUAAAACUUGCCGUUGUAACCAUUGUUGAUUUAUUUUUAAACCUAGGGAAACUUUUCAGAAAAACUAGACGCUGUUAAACCUGGCCUGGUGGUCGGGCUUUCCCUCUGACCCACAGAAUGGUGGGGGCUGAGUCACCUCCUGAGCCUCAGUUAGAAAAAUAUCAACCAAGGUAGCUGUUGACGUUCCAGCAGUCUCUACUUCCUCUUUACCACGUCCUUCCUGCUAAAAGCCCACUAAUGCAGGUAUUCCAAACACUAUUAUCUAAAUCUUACCAUUUAUUCCAUGUCCUACAAUGAACAUAGGAAUCUUAUGAAGGGAAUAAUUGUCAUCGUUUUACAGAUGAGCAAGCCGAAGCACAGAGUGGUCAAGUAACUUGCCCAGCGUCACACAGGCUAGGACUCCUGCACUGUUUCUGUCAGGGGCACGCAGGAACACUGAAAAUAUGAUGAAAGCACUGACCCCGCCCCGCUGAAGGCCAUUCACCAGCGUGUGCGCACAACACGUGAUCAACAUUGGAAUGGCUUCCAGAAGAAGAACCGGCCAUCCGACGCGCAAUAUUUUUGGUGAUUUUAGUGAUCUUUCCUUAGAGGAUUCAAGAAUGGAAGAAAUCAGAAACUUGAAAAUCGGUAGAAGUCUUACCCAAAUAGCACCCGGCCACAGCAGAUUUCUCAAAGGACACCAAACUAUGGGUGUAAAAUACUCACUCCCGAAAGAGAAUGCUGUUGUGGAGGGUGGGCUCAGACUGUCUUCGGGGAGACCCCCGAUCACUGCCUCGAAGCUCAGGGCCAGCGCUGCGCUCACAAAACUGGCUCAGCUGGAAACCAAGAUCAUGAAUCGUAAAGCUCAGGCGGAUUUGUCUGAUGUGGAAUCUGACCUGAAGACCCCCGAGGACAGUCUUCCGAGGAGCGCAGAUACAGCCCUUCCCAGGAGCACAGUCGGACUUUCCUCACACGGCCCAGAGAAAACCCAGAAACAAGCCCAUGAAACUCCCACGGCCGGGAGCGGCACACAGAGUGGGAAGGUCAGUAGGUUUCUAAAGAAGAGGGAACCACGCGUUGAAAAUGGAUUCCCUGAAACACGUUGUGGAAAAGGGAGGAGUUUUCAAACACCCAAAGAGAAAAAACCCACUAGAAAACUAGAUUCUCCAGACAGCGAUGAGGAGGAAAUGAAAGAGUUGCUAGGAGGCUUGGUAGAAUCUUCUAGAGAAAAAGAAACAUACACGAAUCAGCGUUUCGUCAGCUCCAAAGUCAGUGAGAAAGAACAAACAAAAGUAUUCUCGGAUCAGAUCCCAACUCAACCAAGAAUCCUUUCACUACCCAGUGAGGAACCUCCCGGCCCAAAGCCAUUUCGGACAUCAUGUCUGCCAGCCUCACAGUCAGCAGACGGGACCCUUCGCGGCACGCGCUCAAAAGCUCGCUCCCCACAGACUCACGCUUCAGGGGACACAGCCGCCUGCACAGCAUCACUGUCCAUCACUGGCACCUUUUCGAAAUCAGCCUCCAUGGCGCCACAUGGCAAGCUCUCCCCCGGAAGGAGUGAGCCUGAGCCUCACGAUCGGUCGCCCUCAGAAGCUGCCGAUGACAGCCUGAAUGAUUUUCGAAUCAAUCUUUUAUCCCUCGAUGAUCUGGCUCCAGCUGUCAGUGAGAACUCAGACUUGGAACGGAAAAAAGAAGGCCAGCGGGAAAAGGCAUCCAGCCAAAGUCCCCAGGCAGGGGGCCCUCCCACUGGAAGCGAGAUCUCAGAGUGCCUGAGCGAGCCAUCGGCUUCCUCUGCCGGGCCUGAGGAUGCUUCCAGCCCGAGGCCAACGUCUCAGGAGCCCACGGCCAGCACAGUGAGCUCGGCUUACUCAGAAGAUUUUGAAAAAUCCCCAAAUUCGACAGCAUCCGAGUCAAGGGCCCGUUCCGAGUCUCCUGAAAGGACGCUGGACACUCUGUCAGAAUUCUCUGCAAGCCUGAAGACAGACCUUCCCCUGCCAACGCUCAAGCCUUGGAAAAAGCAAGUCAGGGACGUUACAAGAGUCAUCAUGAAGGAGACGGCUGUGCAGACCCUCGAGCCCGCCUUCACCUACCAGUGGGUGGAGGGGCCCAGUGUGGCGGCCGUCGGACCGGCUCUGGGAGGUGCCUACGUGGACCCCGUGCCCGUUGCCAGCCACGUCAUCAGCGCGGACUCCAUAGAAGCCCUGACAGCUUACAGCCCGGCCGCGUUGGCGCUCAACGACAUGCUGAAGCAGCAGCUGAGCCUGACGCAGCAGUUCGUGGAGGCCAGCCGGCACCUGCACAUGUCCCUCCUGCAGUCCCUGGACCGAGACUCCUUCCACUACCACACCCUGGAGGAAACCAAACAGGUGACCGCAGCACACACCCCCUUCCUGGGAGAGAGGGCAGGGGCCUUUGCACGCAAAGGGGGACAGGGCUCAGCCCGGGCAGCAGGGACACCGUGGGCCCAGUCACCUACAGUCCUAGGGAAAGGAGCUGUCCUCGUCCUUGGCGAGAGCAGUAUGGGACGGGGGCAGCGAGAGGCAGCCUGGUGUGGGCUGCGGCUGGCUAGGCUGUGUGUGACCCUGGAGCAAAGGGGACCUCCUCGGUGAGGGCUCCUGUCCCUCUGCAGACCCGUCCCCAAGCUCUGCCCAGUCCUGUGGGCUGAAGUGCCAAGACUGUCACACUCACCUCUCACUCCCCCCUAAAUUUAAUUUUUGUUCGAUUGUAAAAAUUUUCUUCUCAUUUUGUAAAAAUUUUGUUACAGAGGUAGGUAAUUUUUAAAGCCCUCCAUAACUUCAGAGAGAAUUUGAUAUUCUUUAGAUUUUCCCUGUGUAAAAUAUGAACAUUAUGUAUGAAAUACACAAUAUUAUGUAUGUUUCAUACUAUAUGUUGUAAGACAUAUAGCAUACUAGGUAUUAGAUAUGAUAAUGUUUCUAGAGAUGGCAUCACACCACAUGAACUUCUGCACGGUCAUUUCUGUCCUUUUAUCCACAAAUAUCUUGCUUUGUAGUUCUUAAAACUAAGGACUUUGGAACAAAAUGGUCACAGUAUCAUUAUAACACCCAAACCAAAUGAACUUUUCUUAUUUUCUUAGUAUUGGUGGAUAUCCAGGGGUAGAUUCCCACUUGGCUCAUGCAAGUCGAACAUUUUGCUAUUUGUUUCUUCAGAAUCCAAAGCCUGUACAUCAAUGUUUGGGGUCUUUUUAGCCUCCCGAUUAGGGCUUAGGGCGGUGGUUCUUGGCUCGGAGCGGCAUCAGACCCCGAGGGCCACCAGGGUUCCGCUGGCAGCAGAGGUGGGCCUGGGAGCGGGUGUUCCCCCUUGUGCCCACAGGGGACCCACUUUGAGAACCCCUGCUUACGGGUUUCCCCUGCCCCAUCUCUUUGAUGUUUCCUUGCAGUUCAUUUGUUCAAGUAAACAGGUUGUUUCUUCGACGGUUUCCCGCAUCCUGGACUCUGAUGAUCACACCCCCACGGGGGUUCUUUGACUUCAGUUGGUCAUACACACCGAUUGGUGGGAUACAGCUGAAGUGAUCUGACCAUGUCACCUGCCUAUAGCCCCCCGUGGCUCCUCACGGCCUGCUCUGGGCCCUUCUGCCCGCCCCGUGUGCCCUGAGGGCGCCCCCGGUAGCCCCACUCCCCAGCUCCCCCCACCC